AUGACUGCCACACAAGUUCUCAACCGCGUCACUCCCGACAAAGUCUCCAUGGAGAUCAAAGAUCCCGUCGAUCCUACUGCUUUGGGCCAAGCCAAGGCCAUUAUUGAAGAAUUGACCACAACAGAUGGUUCUGUCGAUCCCGAUGCGUUGCUCAAAGUGGGAAAGCGAUUGAAAGAUAUCCCCGAAGAUGCCUCCAAGUUUCUUGUUUCCAAAGAAGAGUGCAAGGAGGCCUUUGACGGACUUUCUGAUCAAGAACGAACUGCCUUGGUGAACAUUCAUGGACGCGUCAAGGCCUUUGCGGAAAUGCAACGAAAGAGUGUUUCAGAUGUGGAAAUGGACAUUCCUGGAGGAAAGGCUGGACACACUGUCAGCCCAUGCAAUGCUGCUGGAUGUUACGCCCCUGGAGGUCGUUAUCCUCUUCCUUCAUCCGUUCUCAUGACCGCUGUGACCGCCAGAGCCGCUGGUUGCAAAACUGUCGUCUUGGCCAGUCCCCGUCCCGCCAAGAUUACCAUGGCAGCUGCUCACAUUGCCAAUGUUGAUUUGUUCUUGUGUGUUGGUGGAGCCCAAGCCAUUGGUACCAUGGCACAAGGUAUCAAUGGUGUGGUGCCAAAAUGCGAUGUCAUUUGCGGACCAGGAAACAAAUGGGUGACUGCGGCCAAAUCCUUGGUCAAUGGAAAGUGCGGAAUUGACAUGUUGGCGGGACCAUCGGAAGUCUUGGUGAUUUGUGACGAGACUGCCAAUGCCAAGGUGGUAGCUGCCGAUUUGAUUGCUCAAGCCGAACACGAUGUGGUGGCCCGAGCCAUUCUAUUGAGUACGGAUGCCAGUAUGAUUGAAAAGAUUGACAGUGAAGUGGCCGAUCAAAUUGAAGCACUUCCCGAACCCAACCGAUCGACUGCAUUGGAAGCCUUGAAGCAAUCCUUUGCCGUUCAGUGUAAGACUAUUGAGGAAUGCGUGGCUAUUUCGGACGAUAUUGCACCAGAGCAUUUGGAAAUUCAAACUGCCGACUCCCAAAAGGUUGCUGACUCUUGUGGCAACUAUGGUGGAUUAUUCAUUGGUGAAAAUGCUGCAGAAGUAUUGGGUGACUAUGGUGCUGGACCAAACCACACUCUCCCUACUGGAGGAACAGGAAGAUACACUGGUGGAUUGAGUGUUUUCAACUUUUUGAGAAUCAGAACUUGGAUGCGAGUGGACGACAACAAGGCAUCUCAGGGAAUGGUGAAUGACAGUGUCGUCAUGGCACGAUUGGAGGGUUUGGAAGGACAUGCCCGAGCUGCUGAAUCGCGCAAGCUUUAA